AUGUUCAAUCGAUCCCAAGGGAAACAAGGGAAACAGCAGGGUUUUGCCAAAGAGCAGCGGAUUGCCGACGCCCAGCUGGCCAGUCUGAAACAGCUUGGUCUAAUCGGCCGCGACAAGAAGGGCUUCGCAUCCGCCUGGGGAGGAACCGAGCCGAUUCCCUCUGGCUCUGGUUCUGGUUCCGCUGCGAGGACGGGCUCCAACUACACAACCAUCAAACCUCUCGGCGACUCAGACGACGGGCCCUCGUUCCCGGAGAAGGGCCAUUCCAUCGCCGCUGGGACUCUACGCGCCCCAUCACAUCGUUCUUCCCGCUCGACUGGCUCAGUCGGAUCUCGCGAAGGUGCUCUACGAGCGAAUACAACUUCCAACUUUGGCAUGAUGAAUGCCGACCGGAGUCGCACCCGAAGGGAGCGCACCUUCGUGGGCGCCGAGUGUGCUGUCUGUGAAGAACCGCUGGAACAUACCCUCCGUGGAGAGCGGAUACUGCAGUUCUCAUGCUCGCAUGUUUCACACGAGGCAUGUUUCUACGAAUUCAUCCGGGAGUUUGAAUCGCAAUACUGCCCAACAUGUAAUGCACCACUACACCUGGACACGAGCCGUGGCGGCAAUGUCCUUGAUAUCGAGAAAAUCAGCAACAUGGUCCGAUCGGUUUCCGUCAAUGACACGAGGUCAACAAACACACCUACACCAGCGCAGGCACCGGCCCCAGCGCCCAUGCAAACACCAAACCCAGCACCUUCCGAAUGGAAUGACCACUCCGGUCGCCCACCGAGCCGGGGUUCGGCCGCAAGACAAGGCCCUAUGCCGACUCCAUCGCGUGGCAGCCUCCGAGACAACAACUCCGACAGAUAUGCAUUAGGACGUACAGGCCACAUGCGUAGCGACAGUGAGGCUACUGGGAUGACUGGAGCUGCUUCUUCUGCCGGUGGUUAUCCUGAGACAACUCAGAGUGGGCCGCCGCGCCGUCACGACUACGACCUGCAGGCCAUGGAAACUAGCCUCGCCAGCCCGAAAGCCGUCGCGAGGAAUCCCAUUCCGGCACCAACAGUCACAGUGCGAUCCGAGUUCCCCACCAUCAACAGGUCAAGGCAACAACAGACACUCACCUGCCUCGUCACCGUUGAGGUUCCAGAUAAUAAAUGGAGGCCCGACCCCGAUGACAUCCAGUCUGCUCCACCGAUGCCGCACCAGAGGAUCGAGGACUCCUUCCCCGUGAGACCGCCAUCGCCGGCACAGAGCGCGCCUCGCUUCUACCCGUACGAGUCGGCUGAGGUCCUAGAGGAAAUGACGGAGAAUUUGCGGAAUCGGGUCGAUAACUGGCAUGGACUGGAUUUCAGUCGCUUUGGAAAACUGCGGCUGUAUGGCACUCUGCGAGUUGGCAAGGAUAAGCUUUCAUGGCAGGAGCUCGAGUGUUUCCUGUUCGCUGAGAUGCUUAUCUGCGUCAAGGAGAAGAAGAGCUCGGCUCCACCUCCACAGUGGGAAGAUGGUCCGCCGCGCAAGACCACGAGAUGCACCCUAAAGGGUUCGAUCCUGAUCAAGAAGCACCUGAACGAGGUGUCUGAGGCGGGGAACAUGGAUGAGAACAUUCUGACUCUGAGUCUUUCCGUCGCAGAGUUGCCUCAAUUUCAUCUGCGGUUCGAGAACCGCAAUCAACUCAAGCUGUGGCAGCAGGCUCUGCUGGAUUUGAACGCUGUCGAGACCUCGCCCGUCCGCAGCCCUGACUACGAACGGGGUGAAUUCUCAGGGGAGGAUGAGGAGGAUUGGCGAAGAGAUUCCACCAGGCCGCAAAGGGUUUCGUCGGUGGCUUCUUCAUGGGGUGGAGCUAGGUCCGCCACCACUGCGCCAACAGAUUACACCUCGUUCCAAAGAAGCCCUCUCAUGGCUUCGGUCCACGUCCCUAUCGACGUGGUCGUGGUCGUACCGAUCUCCUCUUCCAUGCAAGGCGUCAAAAUCAAUCUGGUCCGCGAUGCCCUCCGGUUCAUGGUGUACACCCUGGGUGAGAGGGAUCGUAUGGGCCUCGUAACUUUCGGGUCCGGCGGUGGCGGCGUGCCCAUUGUGGGCAUGACCACGAAGGCCUGGCCUGGCUGGAGUAACGUUCUGUCAUCGAUCAAGCCCGUCGGGCAGAAGAGCCACCGCGCUGAUGUCGUCGAAGGAGCGAACGUGGCGAUGGACCUACUGAUGCAGCGCAAGUACAACAACCCAGUGGCAACUAUCAUGCUCAUCAGCGAUGCAUCGACAUCCGAUGCGGACAGUGUUGAUUUCGUUGUUUCGAGAGCCGAGGCUGCCAAAAUCACCAUUCACUCUUUCGGUCUCGGAAUGACACAUAAACCCGACACCAUGAUUGAGCUAUCCACUCGGACAAAAGCGUCCUACACCUACGUGAAAGACUGGAUGAUGCUUCGCGAAUGCUUAGCUGGCUGCUUGGGCUCAAUGCAGUCGCUCUCGCAUCAGAACGUUAAGCUCAAGCUCAAGUUGCCCGAGGGCUCACCCGCCAAGUUCCACAAGAUCAGUGGCGCAUUGCAAAUCACCAAACGCGCAACGGGUAGAGAUGCAGAAGCUUCCCUCGGCGACUUACGCUUUGGUGAUAAGCGAGAUAUUCUUGUUCAGCUUGUCAUUCUUCCAGACAACUCGACGCAAGAGUCACUGCCGCAAGAUGCCUGGGAGAGCAUCGUGUCUGGUUUGGAGGCUCUGGGUGGCCCAGUUGAGCAAGAGGACCAGCGGGCCCUCUCCGUCGAGGAGGUUCCACUGAUUCAAGCAGAUCUUACUUGGGGCGACAUUCUGAGGGAUGGAGCAGCUAUGCACCUCCCACGACCAUCGCUGCUUGCAAUCACGAUGCUGCCGACCAGCUCCAACAAGAAGUCAUGGAACGGAACACCGCCGAUUCCGCCGCACCCACAUAUCGUGCAGCGUCGGAUGGAGCUGCUCACGUCAGACAUGCUCACCAGAGCACUCACGCUCGUGAGCAGAGGACAGCACGACCGAGCCCAUACGCUUCUGAACGAGACCCGUUCUAUUCUCAAGGGUCUAGGCAAGGGCGGUCUGCCACCAGUGCCCAGCAUGCCACCCAAGUCGAACCCAUCCACACCACAUGCUGGCCAGAACGACGCCUCUCCGACCGCAGCCCUCACUCCCGACCGGAAACAUACACCUUCUCCCACGGCCUCGGCAACAUCGUCUGGCCAGAACGGCUUCCAAUCGUCCGCCAUCCCACGAAGUCGCUCCAACGACGGCAUUGGCCUCGGCAGCAUGGGCACCGCCGCGGGCAUCGACGCCACCACCGUGGCGGCGCUCGAUGCGGAGCUCGAGUCCUCCCUUGAGUGGAUCAACCACCCCGCCGUGUUUGGGCGUGACAGCCGUAAGGCGGUGCUGCAGGCCAUCGGGGUGAUCUCGUCGCAGCGGGCGUUCACGGUGCGCACGCCGAUCGAGGCGCUGUGGGCAUCCCGCGUGAACGGGGUCAAGAAGCUCACGGAGAAGAGCCGAGAGUGGCGCGAUGAGGGCGGCGGCGAGGGUGGCAUCACAGAGGAGGCGUAA